UUUUAAUCUGUUAUUAGACACCAUUUUUAUAUGUAUUUAUUUUUAUUUUAGGACUUUAAAAUGUCAUCUGUUUUUAAUUCUGCAAAGGCAUUUAAUGGAACCCUAAUGAAAAUUGCAGUGACACGAUUGGCACUUCCGGUCGUCGAUCAAUCCAGUGCAUGACAAUGCAAAUACGAUCCCAAAAGUAAACAGCCAUUGUUGGUUUGAACUCAUGCAAAUAUAUGAUAAAAUAUCGGACUGCGUGUAUAUUUUCAACAAAAUCUACGCGCCACAGAUAUUAUUCAUGUUUAAUUCCUGGCUCCUAUCUACAAUGCUUGCGAUAUGUCGAUCGUUGUCCCCGACAUUAAGAAACACCGAUACCGUUAAAAGUGACGUUUAUUAUUAUAUUUUAAUUAACUUACGCCCGCUUAUCGUGACCAAGUCAAGCGAAUAUUUAACGCAAGAAUGGGAGAAAACGUUGACAAUACUUUACCAUAUUUUAAUUUAUGAUGACCUGAGUAAUUACAAGGGUUCCAAAGCAACUGAGAAAACUAAAAUUUUAGUUAAUGUAAAACCCCAUUCAGGGGAAACUCACACUGAUUAUUCUGCGGACGACCGUCAUAGGUAUGCAGUAAUGAAAUCUAAACAAAACUUUGUUUCAGGCCCUGAAUACUACAAACAGAUAGGAAUGCUAAUCAAACUGGUCGAGAGUAAAAAGUUGCAACUAUCGACGAAUCUGUAUCCAGUCACGACACGCGCGUUUGUUUCAUUUGCUGGUCGUGUCAUAUCUUAUAGCGUAUUUAUGAUUCAACAUUUCUAUAUUAACCAUUGAAUAAUUGUA